AUCGAUGACACUCGACUCGCAUCUCGCAAUAAUCAGUACCUCAGUAUGCUUUCUGUGCCCCGCCAAGGCAACGAGGCCACAUACGUACGUAAGUAUGGGACGUGGACGUAGAUGCUCAUUUGCGGCCCCACUGCACAGCAGCUUGGAGCAUCGAUGCGGUUCACUGGGAGCUUCGAAGUCAUUGGGACAAAAGCCCGUCGCGGCCCCGUGACCUAUUUACUCCCAGGCAAGUGGAACGCGCUACGGUCGAGAGCCACAGCGAGGGGUGGGUCGAGGCCUAUGACAGCAACCCCACAGUAUUCCGUCAUAACCAAAUCACUUCGCCUCAUAUUUCAAACACGUUCAAGUUCUGGCUUCUAUACGCUUCACCAGAAGACUACUUACCACGAUGACCACUCACGGAAAGGAUCCCACUCGUGUCGCCGCUGGCCUGAAGGCUGCCAUCAACAACCCCAACGUCAGCGAGGAGGGCCGAGAGCGGGCUGCAGACAGGCUCGACGGGAUCGACGGGAUCGACGGUGGCGCUCAUGGCACCAACGGUAGCACUGCAACCACUUCGGUCGAGGACCAACACCGGAACCGCGAGCUGGGCGGUUACAAAGCGACGCUGCACAAUGACCGUACUUCCGCUCAGGCCAAGGAGCACGCACGAGAGGUGCUCGAGGCCGCCGGCUACACUGUCGAGCCAGGCCCUGGCGUGACUGAGGACGAGCAUCAGACUCGUGUCCUCGCUGGUUACAAGGCUGCUUUGAAUAACCCUCGUGUUUCCGAGGAAGCUAAACAGCACGCCAGGGAGUACCUCAAUGAGUACGGUGCUUGAAUCGAGUUCCCGGUUUGUUAUCGUAUAAAUAUCGAGGGAUAAAUGGUGUAUCAUAGUGUAUCUCAUAGUUGUGUAACACGUCUCCUGUCAAGUCCUUGAAUCUUCCACAGCA